AACAAAAGAAUGAAAGAAAGAAACAAGCAAACAAACGAAGGAAACAGAGAGAGAAGGGGGGAGGCCUUGACUUUGAUUACUUUUCAGUGUAAAGGCGUCAUCCAUCAAUAAUUUUGACCCCCCCUCUCUCUUUCCCUCUCUCUCUUUCGUUCUUCCCCGUUUGGAGAGGGAGUGCGUUGUAAACCGCGUUCGGGAGUUCAACGCCCGACUCGGACUCCAUCCCAUAUACCCUCUUCCUCCUCAAUCAUCAUCAUCAAACUGAAACCUGUUUCUAAUAAUCUCUGCAGAUGGAUUUAACCUUUCCGUUCUUUCGUUAUUGUUCGUACAAACACGACGCAUGAUUAAGAGAACCGGAAUGAAUCAUGAUUGUUAAUAUUCAUCUUUCUAAAUCUCGCUAUGCGUUGGCUUCAUAACAUUUCCUUCUCCUCCUCCUCCUCCUCCUCCUCUCCCUCCUCCUCCGCGUCUAAUCCUUCCACCCCUGCGCCUUUUUCUUCCGUUGAUGCUUGCCCUCUGAGGUCUAACUAUUCCGCUUCUUCUUCCUCCUCUGCUGUUGGCGAUGGCACUUUUUCUCCGACCAAGAAGCACAGAUAUUAUAGGAGCUAUAUUCGAGCCGGUCUAGGUUUUCGUUUCGGCGGUGGUUCUGGGAACAGGUUGGCGCGCCAGAAGAAGCUCCCUCAGCUCACCGCAAAUGAGGUUACAAACCAAGGCUCUUCCUCUUCCGCUUCCGCUACCGCUGCGAAGCCUAACACCGAACCUGUUGAGUCCGUUCGGCUUUUGCGGUCUCAAAGUGGCUCUUCUGCCGCUGUCCCUUUGAGGUUGUCAUCUUCAGCUCCUGUGCCUGUGCCGUUGCCCCUGCCUUUACCUCUCCAUGAUAAUUGUAAUUAUGGAGACGGGGAAUUGCGGUUGAAGUCGCCUAAGGAGAAGGAUCGUGACGGUGUUAAAGAAAGAGAAAGAGAAAGAGAAAAAGAGAGAGAGAGAAGCGAUGGCGCCGCGCGAGAGGGAUUUUCUGCUUCGACCUCUCCAAUUAAGAGUGUAUUCCUUGGCCGAGAGACAAGGAAGAUGGUGGAGCAUCUAGAUAUCAGGUCACCUAGGAGGGUGCAUCCAGAUUUUGUUAUGGAUAAUUGUGGGGAGAACAUCAAGGCCAAUGAUCCUACUAGGAGUGCACCUACUAGUCCAUUUGCAAGUCCUGUACGCAGCCCACAAAGAUUAACUCAUGUUGCGGAUUUGUUGCCCUACUAUCAAAUGAUGGCUAAAGGAAAUGUCUGGUCUGCACCAGAAAUGGCAACGAUAGAUAUACCUGGGCUUCCUCCCCCAGCAUUCUUUGAUUACACUGCAUUUAGUAGUGAGAGUUCUCCCCUUCACAGUCCACAAAGUAGAAGUCCCCGUCUGAAUCCAAGAAGUCCUACUGGACCUGCACCAUCACUGAAUGCAAAAAUGCCAAUUGAAACCUCAACCCCAUGCCGUGAAACUAAUGCUACCUUUGAGGUCCAUCCAUUACCCCUUCCUCCUGGCGCAGCCAGGCCUUCACCGUCAGCUCCCAUUCCUCAAGUUGUUGCCAAAGCAGAGUCCACACCCUUGAAAAGUCAGUGGCAGAAGGGAAAGCUUAUUGGACGUGGCACAUUUGGUAGUGUUUACGUUGCCAGCAAUAGGGAAACUGGAGCCUUAUGUGCAAUGAAGGAAGUUGACAUAUUUCCAGAUGACCCAAAAUCUGCAGAGUCUAUAAAGCAAUUAGAACAGGAAAUUAAAAUUCUCAGCCAUCUGAAGCAUCCAAACAUUGUGCAGUAUUAUGGGAGUGAAAUAGUUGAAGACCACUUCUAUAUAUAUCUAGAGUAUGUUCAUCCCGGUUCAAUCAAUAAAUAUGUCCGUGAACAUUGUGGAGCCAUAACAGAAAAUGUUGUUCGUAGUUUUACUCGCCACAUUCUCUCUGGGUUAGCCUACUUGCACAGCAUGAAGACAAUACACAGGGACAUAAAAGGGGCUAAUUUGCUUGUAGAUGCAUCUGGAGUUGUCAAACUUGCUGACUUUGGGAUGUCAAAACAUCUUACUGGACAAGCAGCUGAACUUUCUUUGAAGGGAAGUCCGUACUGGAUGGCUCCAGAGCUUAUGCAAGCUGUAAUGCAGAAGGACAGCAACUCUGAUCUUGCACUUGCAGUUGAUAUUUGGAGUCUGGGCUGUACGAUCAUUGAAAUGUUCACAGGAAAACCUCCUUGGAGUGAUUAUGAGGGCGCCGCGGCCAUGUUCAAAGUUAUGAGGGAUACCCCACCUAUCCCUGAAUUGCUAUCGCAUGAUGGUAAGGAUUUCCUAAGUUGCUGCUUUCAAAGAAAUCCUGCAGACAGGCCGUCAGCAAGCGUGUUACUAGAACAUCGUUGGUUGAAAAAUUUAAUGGGCCUCGACUUUACAUCUUCCACCCAGUCAAUUAAUGGGAUAAAGCUGAUUGAUAAAACCCAAUGCCAUAGUUCAAACACGUCUGAAGUUAAGGCUGAUCAGUCGUCAAUACUCUCACAAAGUACCAAGGGAAAGGUGGCUUCUGACAGCGGGACAGCCCAAGGAUCUCAUCGCGAAACUCCCAACUUAACAGUAAUGGCAGCCUCCUGUAAUUCUCCUCGUUCUAUUCUUGAGUUUCUUCCCAGUUUGUCUCCUCUGUGCUCAGGUCACAGCGUAAAGCAUAGCAGCUCCUCUUCAUCUGUUCCCAACUUAAUUAAACAUGGUGCUAAAAAGUAACCAUAUCCUUAGAUAAGGAGGGGAAUUGGAAGAACCUCUCAUGUUCUUUUUAGUGAGCAAUGCUAAAACACAGUUUAACUGAAGGAAAUUGAACUAUUGACUCUUAAGAGGCUCCAGUAGAUGCCUGGCAGCCAUUCGACGUGGCAGUGGUAAGUUCUUUGCCCUAUCUUUGUCAUCAAUGCCUUCUCAAGUUUCAAAAAGCUUGUUCAUCCUGGGAAUAUAUUCAGGACUGGGGAAUUUUAGAAGCAGGUUUUGUAUACUAUUUACCAAUUUAGAGCUUCAACAAUGUCAAAAGUUCAUUUUAUGUAUAUUUUCCAAGAUAAUAUUGUGACUCCAAUUUAAUGGAGUCGAAAUGUAUUUGUAGAUUUUAGAUAAAAAAGAGAAAGGGGGGUUGGAAAAAGGUGAAAGUUACUCGUGUACCCAUGGGAAGUUCCCUGUGACAGAACGACAUGUAGUUUCAGCGAAAUUUCCAGGUUUCCAACGAUUCAUUGUUUCAUGUGUAAUUUUCAUUUUGAAAUCCAUGCUUAAAGAGGAUUUUUAUUCUUCUAA